AUGUCGACCGGAACAAAUAGCAAUGCAACAUCUACAGUGCCGGAGUAUGGAUUUGAUGAGCUCGAGCUUGAGAAGCUCGACACAUUCACGGAAUGCAUAAUGCAGCCCGGGCUGUCCCCUGCAUAUAACAGUUCAGAUGGUUACCUCUCUUCUUUACCAAUGGGUCUGGAGCUGUCAACACCUCAACCCAAUAUCGAUGGGUUCCAUAUGAUUUCAAAUCCAGAAUCUAUUGAGCAUGCUGAAGCUCUCAGUGUUGGAGCCACAGCGUGUAUGCCUUGGAUGUGCGAGCCCAACACCAGGAUGGAUGCAUUAUCAUUCUCAUCGUCAUGGUCCGAGGAUAGAGUUCCCCCAUCUAAUAUCCUGAUAGAUGCACCAAAUGCCAGCAAGGGACUCCAAUCCCCAGAAGUCCGCCAAAAGAGUGAUCCAUUAUCGCCUGAAACUCCAGAAUACCCACUUGCGCUCGACGGAAUGAUGAAUUUUGGUUGCAGCUGCUACAAGCAAGUUAUCGGGGAGCUCGUCAGGUUCGAAUUCAGAACGAGCCAAAAUGGACUGUCCAGGAUUGAUAGUAUACUGGCUUGCCAGAAAGAACUGCUCAUCCAUACGGAAUCCAUUUUGCAGUGUCAAACAUGCUCCCAGUCGGAGGCUCAAGCCAACGUUCUGAUGGUGAUUAUUGUGAUCAUCGACAGCCUUUUGACUUCUCUUGAUGCAACAGCCACAUCAGUCAAGCCAGGUAUCAUCAAUGGCAUUCCCGAAGUGAACCCCCAGAUGAGUCGCAUACAGAAGGAUCCCGGUAAUGGCUUUAGGUCUCAUAUCGACACGUGUCCCCUGCUGGUCGGGGGAUUCCAAGUUCCGGCCGAGGAAAAGUGCUCGUUGGAUGUCCUGGAGAUUAUGUCGGAGUUGCAGAACGUUCAAGCAGUGGUCGAUGUGGAAACCAUUUUGGACUUGACACAUCGCGUGUGUUUGCAAGGCAAAGCCAUGAUCCAUUGCACCGACUGCAUCAAGACAGCGCAGUCAUCCCUUGCGAACCUUCCAACACUUUCCGAGAAUUGUCUGCCGUUACUCGAGGCACUGUGGUCAGCGUACGACGUGCCAACACAGUCCGGAUUUUUCGACUCGGCCAUGCUCUCCUUUGAACAGCCUGCAGUCCCUAUCAUCUGCAUUCGCAGCAAAGCUAUCUUGGGUCAGACGGAGUUGGACGAUAUAGAGGCCCGGCUGUUGGUCCGGACACUACUGGCACGCAGUCUGAUCUGUUUGGUGGAACUGAUGGAUCGUCUGAAAGGCGUUUUGCGGGUGCUGCUAGAGAAUCCCCAUGCUCAUCGGAAUGGCACUGCCACGCUGAGAGCGUGCGAAGCGUCUGUUGAGUCUACGAUUAGUCGACUGGUUGUUCUUAUGCAAAUCAUCGAAGGGGAUUGUCACAGCCCGUCCAUGCCGGUUGGUUGUCUCGACACUCGCUGA